AUCUUACCAUCACAAACAAUCCCCAUGCACAGGAAACCUUAGAUGUAGAAAUUAAAAACACAUGGUUGCCAGUAAAAGUUGGUAAAGCAAAUCUUGCUUCGGGCAGUUCCCUUUUAAAAAGCAUGAAUUAUCCACAGUGUUACAUGACAUUGAUGUUGACAGUGACCCCAGGAGCCAUUCUGACCCAUCUCUCCCCAUCUGUAAUCCUUCAGAGGUCAAAGGUCAUACCAGCUCACAGUCAACCUGCGGUUUCCAAUGGCAGUCAGAAUCCGCUUUGCCACAUGAUGGAGAUGAUGUCAUCACAUCAGCACCCACUGUCCCAUUUACAAUCCGCAUCUCAUCAUCAUGCAUACCAGCAGCACUGCCACAGCCAAUCACCACAAAGACUCGUACAUCAACAUCAAAGCCAAGACCAAUCACAUCACAGCCACGCUCACCACUCUCCACCAGCUCAUUUGCAUCCUGGCUCCACCCAUCAGACCACCCCUCCCCUUUCACAUCAGACAAUACCUACACAGAUGUCGUCCACACCGAAACAGACCCCCUGCCCGCAAUCUCCUCCACAGCUGUCCACAGGCAGACGCCGACGGACAUCAGAGGAAGGCCCAGAUGAGCGCAGAGAGAAGUUUCUGGAGAGAAACAGAGCUGCUGCGACACGGUGCAGACAGAAGAGAAAGGUCUGGGUGAUGUCGUUGGAGAGGAAGGCUGAGGAACUUACACACACUAACUUACAGCUGCAGAAUGAGGUGACAUCACUCAGGACAGAAGUCUCUCAACUGAAGCAAAUACUUCUUUCACAUAAAGACUGUCCUGUAUCUGUGAGACAGAGAGAAACACAGAGUGGAGUAGGUAGUCUAACAGGAAGUCCUGUCCAGCAACAUGCAAUCCAACACAACAGCAUCUCAACAUCAAGUUCGGCUCUACCACACACUCACCUCACCCCACACUCACACUCCACUAACAACACACAACUAUAACAUGCUUCAACAUGGACAGAAACUAAUGAGAAUACAAAAUACGACCCUUCUUUAGAGCCAUAUGGUCAGGGCACCUGUGACCAAACAGGUACCCAUCAGUGCAAAAGCAAAGCUUAACAGCAAAAUGUUUAAUCCAGAGUUUUAAACUUGGAUUUAUGACUAAAAUGGAAUGUAUGCAUCACAUACAUGUCUGAAAUGUUUAAUUACUCUCAAGCAUAGAAUAAUUAAAUUAAAAGUCUGUUUAUACUUCUGGCCCUUGACAUCUCAGGUAAUCAGCCGAGGGUGAAAUUGAUGUUUCCAGUGGUUUUAUUUUCACCUCACUGUGAUUCAUUACCGUGUUGGAAAACAAACUGUCCUUUUACCCUCACCAAAUUUGUUUUCUUAUUCUCAAAUCUGUCUUUCACCCUCUUCAUACCUCUCUUUCUGUUAUCUCACACUCUUCCUCGUGCUUGUUUAUAGCUGAUCUUUCUCAGGGACACUCAUCUAGUUUUACUCCUAGAGUAUGUGUGCACAUUUGUGUGUAUAUGUGUGUUUUGUUUCUGGCCACUUUCAGUGUAAAUGCUUUGAUAGCUUCAGUGACAGCUGUGUGCACUAAAUCCUGAAACUAAUGGCAAGGCUGUGUGAAAUGCAUUGAAUCAGGGCAGUUGUAAAUGUGUAAUUGUAAAUAGGAAUCUCUAGUUUUAUAAAUUCAUGAUGAUGCAGCUAAAGCUGAUUGUUUCAUGUUUGUCUUCAUUUUAUAAAGACAGAGCCAACAUCAGAAUCAUGUGUAGGAAUGAUAAUAAAGGAAUCAUGUCGCACUCAUGUCACUCUGAAUGUCUGUAUUCUCCUAAAACAAUUCAGCAUCGCAAUCAUUUCAUACUAACUGGCUCGGUGACAAUCAAAAUGUCAGUACUGACAUUUUCUGGAAAUUACAUGCAAGCAUGUGUACCAUCUCUGAUUUAAAAAAAUGCUUAUAUGGCUAUACAUUCUGUGUAAUACGGAAUUCUGAAUCUAGACGUGGAAAAAAAUAAUGUUUGUAAACUCUGCAGGUUUAAACAGUUUUAUGCAUGUAAAGUUUUUUUUUUAUAUAUUUAUCUAUUUUUGUACACAUUUGUGGCCAUUUUUAAUU